UGACAUCUACUGAGCGGGGCGGGUAGCACUCUGUGUUGCCAUCCUCCCUGUGCUCUGCUCCCAGGCCUGCUGGGGUGGAUGAGCCUCGUUACUGCAGACUGCUAGAGAGUGGCAGUACCUGGCCUGAUGUCUGGGGGCUCUAAUCUGGGGCUUCCUCAAGGGGGAGGGGGGCUUGCUCCCAUCUUGCCCCAGCCCUUACUUUCUAUGGUGGAGUCUAGGCCAAAGGCUCCCCCUUGAGCCCUGGUGCUCUGUGGUUUUCCCCCAAGCUGCCCCCAGCCUCCUCGUUCCAUGAGAACCCAGCACCUUGUGGGUGGGAUCCUGGGAAAAUGAACUUGUGGUCGCAGUGAUUCCGACUUCAACCUGCUGAGCAGGCAAGUGGAAAGCCAGUGCCACCAUGGACUCUCCCGGUCUGCCCGUCCAGCUGAGCACUCUGCCUCCCAUAGAGCUAGUGACAGAGUUGCUGCUGUCAGAACGACGCUGCCAGGAGGCAGAGUAGCCGGGUGUGCUGGGUUGGCGGGAGGGUGAUAUGCCUCAGCAAGGUUGGCAGCUGGGACUUGGAGGUGCAGUGAUUUUUCGAGUCCCUUGCCUGGCCGUGCUUCUCCCAGGAGCAUCCUUCCACCACACCAUGCUUUCAGCGUCCUCCUAUCUGCCCUCAUACACCUGCAAGCCUGUGGGGACUGGGCUGCAUCAGAAUUUAGUCGCCGGGCCUGCGGGAAGUCUGGGGGGGUCUCUGGCUCUGCUGAGUAGGCGCAUGGCAUGCCAGCAAGCAAACAGUCCCAGCGUGGAUGAUAUCCCUAUGGGCCCUGACUUGUCUCGCAGCAGCGACUUUGGCUGCUCCAGGAACUGCAUCCAGCGCUCCAUCGGCUGGGGGGCCCUCGGGGUGGGAGGGGCAGAGAACCAGCUCGUGGUUUCAGUGAAGACAUCUAGCUAGUGGGAUUGUGUGUGAAAUUAACAGAUGCCCCAACAAUUGUUGGAUUGUUCAUCCAGGAGACUCUGGGAUGUGUGAUGGGGGGGGCGGUGAGUGAUGUGCAAAACCACAGAGGUCAGCAAUGGCCCCUCAAUCUCUCUGGCUACUGCAGGAGUGUCCCCUACAACAGAUCUGAUAUCCAAGCUCUGCCCCAGGUGAUCAAAGUGUCCGAAACUGUCCAAAUGCUCACUCAAAUCUUGAGCUACCAGCUUUGGGAUUCCCCCAUGGCCUGACCCAGACCUUCCCCUCAGCCCCUGCCUGCAGCUCCUCAUCUUCCCUAGCAAAAGAACCUCCCAGGUGUGUCCACCAGGCAGUGGCUGGAAGCGUAAUCAGUUCCUUCUAGGAAAUCUCUUACGUAAUCUGUCUGAGCACAGGCGUGGGACUGACCACUAGGCAUGGCCUGUCGCUCCGGGCAGGGCUAGCUGGCUGUGCAGAAGCUUGGCAUGUGCCCACCUAGCAAUCCAGUGCACUAUGGCAGCCCUGAGACAGGUCAGCCGGGGUAGCUGGUUUCUCCCCCACCCCCAUCCCUUCUAGGAGUGUGUUGUGCCUGCCCAUGGUUGGUGAGUGUUUGGUUGUAUUUUCCUUCUCUGUUCCAUGGUUCUUCAAACACCCAUUGUCCCCAAAGUAGCACUCCUUGCUAAUUAAUCCCACAGAGAUGAGCCUCGAGCAGGGCCCGGAAUAGCCAGGGGAAAUCGGAUCAGCUAAUGAGCUGAUGGUUUAUAGAGGCAGAGGGAGGGCCCUGUGGUCCCUUCAGUUGGUGCCGCAAGGCAAGCUCAGCGCUCCGGCUGCCUGCUCCUCCGUGCGGCAGGAGCCAUGCCAGGCCUGCAGGGAGCCACCCUGGUGGAGCUGCCUCGAAAGCUGCACCGCACGUUGGCCACCAAACGAGAGCUGCAGGGCAAGGGGGUGGAUAUCUCGGAGUCGGUGGUGCACACGGCGGUGAUGGGGCUGCUGCUGAUGACCAGUGAGACACACCACACCCUCCUCCUGGGCUCUGGGCACAUCGGACUCCGCAAUCUUGGCAACACGUGCUUCAUGAACGCUGUGCUCCAGUGCCUGAGCAGCACCAAGUCUCUGCGUGACUACUGCCUGCGCAAGGAGUUCCUCCAGGAGCAGCCUGGCGCCUCGCGGGCCCAGCAGGAGCUCACGGAAGCAUUUGCAGAUGUCAUCAAUUCCCUGUGGCACCCAGACUCCACCGAAGCUGUGAACCCUGGGCGCUUCAAAGCCGUCUUUCAGAAAUACGUCCCGUCCUUCACAGGCUACAGCCAGCAGGAUGCCCAGGAGUUCCUGAAGUUUUUCAUGGACCGGCUGCACGUGGAGAUCAACAGGAAGGGGCGCAAAACUCCCAGCAUCCUCUCUGAUACCAAAUGGCCCUCGGUGCUAGAGGACUCGGACCCCCUGAGUGAUGACGAACGAGCCAACCAGAUGUGGAAGCACUACCUGGAGAGAGAGGACAGCAAGAUAGUGGAUCUCUUUGUCGGCCAGUUGAAAAGCUGCCUCAAGUGUCAGGCCUGUGGCUACCGCUCCACCACCUUCGAAGUCUUCUGUGACCUCUCCCUCCCCAUCCCAAAGAAAGGCUUUGCCGGUGGGAAGGUCUCUCUCCUCGACUGCUUCAGCCUUUUCACCAAGGAGGAGGAGCUGGAUUCCGAGAACGCUCCGGUCUGUGACAAGUGCCGGCAGAGGACGAGAAGCACCAAGAAACUGACCAUCCAGCGCUUCCCCCGCAUCCUGGUGCUGCACCUGAACAGGUUCUCCACCACCCGGUACUCCAUCAAGAAAUGCUCUGUCUUCGUAGACUUCCCUCUGCAGCGACUCAACCUGAAGGAGUUUGCCAGUGAGAAGGCUG